AUGUGCGUAAUACAAGAAAAUAAGGACAAAAAGGUACGUCCAGUAGGAUAUUUUCGAGCUCUCGACAAAUUUGUAAAUUGUCAUACAGCGAAUGCGGACUUUUGUCAAGAAAAACUGCGUUGUUGGAGAAAAAUUAAAAAUGCAAAAAUUCUUGAUCUCAAAAAAGCCUACCUCCAAAUUCAUAUUGAUAAAAGAUUCUGGCCAUUUCAAACGUUGAUUAUAAAUGGGAAACAAUAUUGUUUUACUAGAAUGUGUUUUGGCAUUAACGUGGCUCCAACAAUAAUGACCACAAUUCUUCAGCAUGUGCUCAAUUUAAAUCCAAUUGUAAAGAAAGCAUGUGAUAACUACAUUGAUGAUAUAUUUGGGGAUGAAAGUGUGGAAACUCCGGAUAAUGUGGCGAAGCAUCUGCAUAAAUUCGGGUUACAAUGUAAACCUCCACAAAAUCUUGAACAAGGACGUGUCUUAGGAUUGAGAGUCGAAAGAAAUAAAAAUGGGGAACUGAUAUGGAAACGAGACAAUGUAGUACAAUUUAAACCUUUAAAUGCAGUUACACGAUCGCAGCUUUUUAGCAAGUUAGAUUGUAAAGAAAAACUGAAAGAGUUGCUUUACCGUGUGGAAAAAGAGGAUCCGGUUGGUGGAAAAUGGCUGGUACCAGUUAAUGGAAAAGCUGAGUUUUAUUGUGAUGCAUCAUCUAUAGGACUUGGGGUAGUUCUGCUCAUUGGUGGAGUAGUUGUUGAAGACGCAGCAUGGCUACGGCCAGCGAGUGACACACACCAUAUCAAUAUAAGUGAACUGGAUUCUAUACUUCGAGGACUAAACUUAGCUAGUAAGUGGAGCAUAAAAGAGUUAACAGUAUACAGUGAUAGCAAGAGCACCGUAGGAUGGUUAAACGCAGUUUUGAAGGAAGAAUAUUGCGUAAAAACUCGAGGAAUUUCUCAAUUGUUAGUACAAAGACGAUUGAAUACUAUUAAGGAAGUGGCAAAAGAUAUUCAGAUCGCAGUACAAUGGAUUCCAUCUGAGAUAAAUUUGGCUGAUCGACUCUCACGAAUCCCUCAAAAAUGUUGCAGAACAGUGAGUGCAGUUGGAUUACUUGAACAAAAAGACAUAUGGAAAAUUCAUUCGAUUGGUCACUUUGGUGUCGCUCGAACAUUACAACUUUGCUUCCGAAAAGUGCAACUCUAA